UUCUCUGUCGUAGAGAUAUCUGUGUGCGGGCGGUCGUCAUUUUAAAGAUAAUUCGUAUGAAUUAUUAAAUGAAGGUGCUAUAAAGUGUUAAUUUUAUGAAAAAACUGUAGGUUAUAAAUUGUUAAAUAAUGAUCUUGCUGGAGAUCAAUAAUAGAAUUAUAGAAGAAACAUUAACAGUUAAAUAUAAAAAUGCACUGGCGCGUUUAAAGCCUGAGUCCAUAGAUGUGACCGUAGCAGAUUUUGAUGGAGUACUUUUUCAUAUAUCAAAUGUCAAUGGAGAUAAAACCAAAGUUAGGGUUAGUAUAUCGUUGAAGUUUUACAAGCAAUUAGAGGAGCAUGGAGCGGAUGAACUGCUCAAAAGAGUAUAUGGCCCCCUACUCACUGAAACAGAGACAGGUUACAAUGUAUCCGUCUUACUGGACAUGGAGAACAUUCCGGAUGACUGGGAGGUUAUCGUGAAGAAGGUUGGCCUGUUGAAGAGGAACUGCUUUGCGUCGGUGUUUGAGCGUUACUUCAGGCUGCAAGAGGAUGGCGACGUCAGUCACAAGCGAGCUGUUAUCAACUAUCGACAGGAUGAAACACUAUACGUAGAAGCACAAGAGGAUAGAGUGACGGUGGUGUUCUCGACGGUGUUCCGUCAUGAGGAUGAUAUGGUCAUCGGCAAAGUGUUCAUGCAGGAACUGAAGGAGGGCAGACGAGCUUCACAUACCGCGCCACAGGUUCUAUUUUCACACAAGGAGCCACCGUUAGAACUUGUGGACACAGAUGCAAAAGUAGGAGAUAAUAUCAGCUAUGUCACAUUUGUGUUGUUCCCGCGGCACACGUGCGAGGCAGCGCGCGACAACACCAUAGACUUGUUGCACAUGUUCCGGGACUAUCUGCAUUAUCACAUCAAGUGCUCUAAGGUGUACGUGCACUCGCGCAUGCGCGCCAAGGCGGGCGAGCUGCUGAAGGUGCUGAACCGUGCGCGCCCGCAGCCCGCCAACCGGCCCAACGAGCGGAAAACUAUCUCUGGCAAAACGUUUGUGAGGCGAGAUUGAUUGCGUGCCGUCGGCAGUUAGACGCCGCACCACACUAACGCGGUCAUUCCCCUACAUUCUAUGUUGUUGCAACAUUGUAUAAACAAAUCGUUUUUUAUUUAUAUAUUAUUAUUUUAUUAUGCAGUUUUUAAAUUUGUAUUAUAACGAUCUCAGUAUGGAAUUCAUAUGGUAUUUUUUAUGAGCACAGAUAACUUUACUUUUGACAUAUAGUUUUUUAAUCUAUGAACUUUUUUUAAAUUGUCACUUAAAAUUUUGAAACAAUUUUAUCAAUAAAUUAACCCCUAUUUGUUUAAGAUGACGUUAAUGUUAUAGGAAUGAGCGCGUUAUCAACAAUAUGACUCCACAAUGUGCGUAUUUCUUAAUAUUAAAUAUAUCGUGUACUCUUUGAAAACUAAAUCAUACCCAAAUCAGGUCACAAAGCUCUGAAUGUAACAUUUAUUUAUCCAUUGCAAUACCGUUAAUUGCCAAAUAAUUAUGCUCAAUAUUGGAUGUAUCCCAUUGGUUCGUGAAAUGUGCACAUUGUAACAAAUAUUUAUUAUCACCAAGCCUAACCUAGUGAUCAAAAUGUUUCUGUAGACUUGUUAACAAAAUUAUGCUUUAUGAGAGUUUAUAUUAUAUAGAGGUGGCACUGCGUUCGCGACUCGGGUUCCUAAUUCUUAUUGUAUGUGUACAGUCAAUGUCAAAGUUUUGUUGUUUUCUCCAUUGUGGCCGGUUCAUGUUAGUUUCAGAGUAAAUUCGAUUUAGAUAGUUUGAUGUUGAGUGUACACGUUGACAAAUGAAAACGUUUAUUACCAGUAGUGUCCAUCCUGUGAGUUUGUUUAGCUUAUGUAAUUUUGUUGUAAGUGACGCAAUCACCGAUCCUCACGUAGGGUAUAUAAUAUAUGAUGUACUAUAACGUAGCCUAUAUCGUUUCGAUUGCAAUCUUGUAAAAAUGUAUAUCGCCGGACGUCGAGACAGGUAAAGCACAAAGUCCCACGAAUUAUUCCUUCAAAUUUUGUUUCGUGCAUAUUAGUUACAUAUAGUUGCAAUAUACGAACAAUAAUAAUUUUAAUGAAAUGAACUUGUUUACGUUUUAGGUAGGUCGCAUUCAAUUAUUAACGUGUAAGUGAAAGUGUAUAAAUAUCUCGAUAGUUUGUUUCGUAGACGAGUGACUUGGAUCAAUAUGGCCUUAUUUACCGAGAAACUUCUAUGAUUCCGGUCUCUUGAAAUCUGCUAGUGUCGCUAGAUUAGGCCUCGGUACGUCGUAUCGAUGUUCGAAGUGCAAUUCGAUAUUCCAUUUCGCAUUUGUUCCCCGACAUAGAGCUGUAUCGUUGAACUUUAAUGAAAUUUUAUUACACUAAUCGAACGUAGCGUCAUAGAUUCUGGACACGUUUUUAUAUUAUUAUUAUUAUGGUGAUGUUUUGCACUGGAAUAUAGAUUGCUCAAUGACAUCAUUCGUAAUGUUCAUUCAAACUUCUGAAAUGUAGGUAUUUAAAAGUUUCUACACAUCUGGGUUUGGCGUAGGUCACCUUUGUUCGUUAUAAACAUUAUCCCAUUUACGUUUUGGAUUAUUAAGUUUGAACAGCAAUAAAAUAUAUACAGAAGUAAUAUCCCACCUGACGAAGAUGACCCUAAUGGUAAAUCUAGUUGUGUAGAGCUUCUAGAAAUAGGUGAAAAUGUGUUUGAAGAUUGUGGUGUCAAUAACGACUCAUGGACUGAACGUUUAGGUUUAAAUUAUCGUCCGGGUGUCGAAGGAUUGUAUAAAACUAAGUCAUAUUUUAAACAACACGCCGACAAAUAUAUAAUUAUAUUAUAUCAUGACAGAUUGAACAGGUCCUGAGUGGAAAGCGAUGAGCAUGUAGAAACAAUUUAAACUAUUUAAAAUAAUAUUAUUAUGUAGCUAACUUGAAUUUUAUGUAAUUUUUAUUUGCAAGAUGUAUUAUUUAUGUAUUAUAAUGUAAGUUAAAUGUUGCUUUAAAGUUAUCGCUUACGAUUCGACGAUUGUUUUUACUGUCAGUUUUAUGCGAGAUUAUGUAAACUGCGGAUACUAAAGUUAUUUGUGAAUAUGUAAUUAAUCUUGUGAUCUAAAAUCCGUUUAUACUGUAUUUUUUAUUUUCUAGAUUAAACAAAACAUCUUAAUGCAGGAAA